AUGGGCCCUGCUGACGCUGGCGGCCAGGAAAACGGUCCCCGCGACGUGGGGAGUAGAGCCGCUGGCGCUUUGCAGAAGGGGGCGAACACGGAGCUGGGGGCCGACGCCCAGACGUUUGGCGGGCAGGCGACCGCUGGCGAGAUGAACGAGGAGGGGGCGAACGAUGACGAUGCGAACGGCGGUCACGGGAUCGGCUUCGCGACGCCACGCGACGAGGCGAACGAGGAGACAGCGGCGAACGGGCCGCACCGUGACGAUCAUCGCGGCGGCUCUCCCGCUUAUCGUCGCGAGCUGCCGAUGAGCGACGGCGAGGCGAACGCUCCUGGUGCACCACAGCCUCUGCGCCGGAGCGCAAGACGGACCCCGCGCGCAGGGGCUCCGGCGGUGACAAGGACCUGCCCGCGCGCCGAACCAGCUCGCGCUGCUGGUCCUCGAAGCGGCGGCGGAUCUGAUCAGCGGACGCCGGUGGAGCAACAGGUACGCUCGCGGCAGGGCGUGCAGGAGGACGCGGACGGGGAGCGGGAUCGCUCUACGCGGCGCAACAGGCGGCACCUGUGGCAGCCACUCCGAGGAGCGGACGGGGAAGCACGCGGGGGAGAGGCGGGGGUCGAGGAGCGCGCGGAGGACAGCGGAGUGCAGGCCAAGCGGCGAGGGGGAAUCCGCGCCAACUACCGAGCCCAAUCUGGUUGGGGGAGCCGGCGGAACGAGUCACGCGCCAGUCGUUUGCUAGACGCGGGGGGAGAAGGGGAACGACAGCGCAAGCAAUGA